CUUUGGGGACAGAUUGAACUGUACAGACAAUGAACAAAGAUGUCCUUUAGAUUCUUUAGUUACUGAAAUUGAAUAACUUUCAUUUUCUUGAAAGCAGAUAAAAGCAGAACAGAUUCCUAUAGUUUAUGCAACAUUGAAAUAAAUUCUUGAAUAUCAUAUUCUCACUUUUUUUCACUUCAGGCAUAUUUCAUUUCUUAGCUAUCAUAAAAUCUAUAGACAUGAGCAGUGAUAUUUUUUAAUGAAAGGAUAAGUUGUUCUUUCUGUUCUCAAAGUCACACUUUAUCAGAAGUGGACACUGUUCGGAAAUGACUUGAAGUCACCUAGUCAAGUCGGUUUUCUCCUGGGACGUCAGCCUGCCCAAAGCAGAAGGCGGUAAGAAGAGAUUUUCAGCACGCCCAUGGCUGGCAGCAGAAAGGGUUCUAAAGGUAGGUCAGAACAGAGGUGGGGGGCACAGGCUUUCCGGAGUGAAUGUGACUCUCCAAGACACAACCAGAGAAUAGGCCUUGCAAGGGGCAGGUGAUGAAAGUGGAACCCAGUCAAGUGGCCAGACCUGGCGAUUGGCUUCCAGAACCAAGGAAGCAAAAGCAGAGAGACAGGAGCGAAUGUCAUGUCUGGACGCUCAGCCCGGGAUAAGCAAAGCCUGAGUGGUUCAUUCAGAUUUCAGCCCAGAUGGAGUUAAACAAGAUUGUUCACUUGUGUGUCUUCUUUAUAAAACUGCACACCCUCUGUAGCCAACAUUCUCUACCCCCACAUUCUAGGGAAGUCAUUGUAACUGUCAAUAAGAAUGAGUGAAGAGACAGCUGGAUGGGAGCCCUUAGAGAUCCCCCCCAACUGGUGAACUACUGACACAAGUAUGCAUGGUGGCAAGAAGAAACUCUUCCCUGAUUCUUGGAAAAAAGCUACUCUCACAGUGUGGCUUAGAGCUUAAUUUGUAAGCAUAUUUCUUUGCUGAUGGAAAUAAUGUUUUCUUAAAAUCACAAGAGAUUGCCGUAAGAAAAUAAAAUGCCAAGGAAAGUUGAAAAUUAAGUGCACCGUUCCACCCAUUGAGUCACAGUUACAGGCACAGCCUUUGGAGUUGCCACACCUCUGGAUUUCUGUUCAGUAGACACAGUGUGAGUGAGCAGGAAAAACUCACAGAUGGGAAUCAGCCACAGAAGACAAGAGAGCUAAGCUGACUCCUGAGCUGCAGAGUGAGCAUCUUUGGCAGCCAAGUGAUGACCAGCAACAUUUCAUUUUCCUUCACACCCAGCAGAGCAAUAAUAACAACCAUGCUGUCUGUCAAGAGGGAGCAAGAGGGAAACUGUUCUAGAACAAGAGAUACUGUCUAGAUGGGGUACAAUCAAAGUGGGGGUGGGAGGAGUGUUGUCACACUAUAAUUUAUGGCUCCUUCAGAAUCUGGCUUUAAUUUACUUCUCCUCACUCCAUGUAUUCAUACAACAACUAUUUACUGAGAGUUUACUGAGCUAGGUGUGGAGCAGGUCGUGAUCAGAGCAGGUAGGGUCCACUCUCUCAUAUGCCCUUCAGUAGGGAGCAGACCACCAAUUGCACAAUAUAGGUGUGACAUUGUAACCACAUGCUUCAAAGGAGAGGGAUCUGAUGCUAGGAAAACAUGAAAGAGGGGACUUGACAAUUAGGAAGCUCAAAUCAGGCUUCAGCCCAGAACUGGAAUUUGAAGGGAAAGCAGGUGAGAGACAGUGAGAAACAAGGUUCCAAGCAGAGAGACAGCAAGAGAAAAAGACCCCUCAAUACCCAUCAAUGUUACAGCUCUUAAACGUUUCAUUUUUAGUCUCCUGAGCACAUGAUAUAGCAAAAACCAAUGGUACUUAAAGUCAGUUGGUCUCACUCUUGAACUGUGAUGACACUUGUCUGACCUUGAACAACUUACUUAGAUUUUUCUGAGCCUUAGUUGUGCCACCCAUGAAAUAGGUGUGCUAAACCCAACAAAAAAUAAGUGUCAAUUUCUGCCCUCUUGGCUAAUUUUCAAAAUCUUUCCGAAACUCAAUGUUUUCACUGAAAAAAAAAAAAAAACAGAAGUAAAAAAUUAUACCAGCAUCUGGGGACUGACAUUUAAAUGGGCUCAUUUGUAAACUCUAAAGCAUCGUGUGAUUAUCAGGUAUUAUUAAUCACUCAUACAAUAUUUGUGCAGCCUACCCCAUAUGAGAUUCUGUGACAGGUGCUGGGGAAAUGGAAGGUUGAUGGAGGCAGAGUUUCACCCUCAGGAGAGAGUUGCUGAAAGAGAAAUUCAUUCUUUUCCCAGAACCAGAAAAAAAAAGGCAACAAGGGCAGAGGGAAAGGCCUCUGUGACCUGGCCAGGCAUCCACGCUCCUGGCACUUAGCCCUCCCUGGGGGAUAUCUGACACCUUCCCCCAGCCAUUAGCCAAGAGCUUGCCCAGACUAUUGGACCCAAGGGCCCUAGGGACAGGGCUGCAGGAUGGAUUUUUAAAUCUUCAAAAUAACCAGACCAGUGAAUCUGACAACAAACAAUGACUUACAAAAAAAUAUGACUUGAGUGAAGCAGUUGUGCUGACUGAUGGAAAAUUCUGUCAAGGAUAAGGAGAGGAAAAUCACCAUAGACUUCUGUGUUUCUCCUGAAAGUAGAUGGAACAAUCCUGAUUCUCUGGUUUCCAGCCCAGCCACCCAGGCCUCUCUCUUUCAAACUCCUUUUGUCUUAUUUUCCUCUUCCUUUUGAGAAAUAUAAAAUGAGUAUGAGGUAGAAGAUUCAUUGCCCAACCAUGAUUCAGGAGAAAGCUCAGCCACAGAAUAGGCAAGUGUGGCACUGCCUAGAGGAAAAGGACUUGUAGAGGCAGGUCUCAGAUAGAUCCACCCCUGAUUUUACAGAGAAGACACCUCCUUCAUCACAAGUUCUAGGACCUUCCAAGUUUAGGAAUUAACUACCUGCUUCACCUUGACAACCUGGCACAAUGUACCUAGCAGGACCAGUGUGAAUAAACCAGAGGCGUCUCUACAACAUGACCUACAGGGACAAUGCAGGUACUGUUUGCAGCCUGAAGAUUGUGACCCUCCUGGUGGCCCUAAGUCCAGAACUCCUAUUCAUGGGAGCCGAAGUGCAGCUUCAAGACAAUGGGUAUGAUGGAUUACUCGUUGCAAUCAAUCCUCAGGUAUCUGAAGAUCACAACCUCAUCCCAAACAUUAAGGAAAUGAUAACUGAAGCUUCUUUUUACCUAUUCAAUGCUACGAAGAGAAGGGUGUUUUUCAGAAGUAUAAAGAUUUUAAUACCUGCCACAUGGAAAGCUAAUAAUUACAGCCAAGUAAAACAAGAAUCAUAUGAAAAGGCAAAUGUCUUAGUGACUGACUGGUAUGGGACACAUGGAGGUGAUCCGCAUGCCCUACAAUACAGAGGAUGUGGAAAAGAGGGAAAAUACAUUUAUUUCUCACCUGACUUUCUACUAAAUGAUGACUUAACUGCUGGCUAUGGAUCACGAGGCAGAGUGUUUGUGCAUGAAUGGGCCCAUCUCCGCUGGGGUGUGUUUGAUGAAUAUAACAAUGAGAAACCUUUCUACAUCAAUGGGCAAAAUCAAAUUAAAGUAACAAGGUGUUCAUCUGACAUCACAGGCAUGUUUGUGUGUGAAAAAGGCCCCUGCCCCCAAGAAAACUGCAUUAUUAGUAAGCUUUUCCAAGAAGGAUGCAUGUUUAUAUACAAUAGAACUCAAAAUGCAACGGCAUCAAUAAUGUUCAUGCAAAGUUUAUCCUCUGUGGUUGAAUUCUGUAAUGCAAGUACCCACAACCGAGAAGCCCCAAACCUGCAGAACCAAAUGUGCAGCCUCAGAAGUACGUGGGAUGUAAUCUCAGACUCCACUGACUUUAAUCACAGCUUUCCCAUGAAGGGGACUGAGCUUCCGCCUCCCCCCACAUUCUCCCUUGUACAGGCUGGGGAUAAAGCGGUCUGUUUAGUGCUGGAUGUGUCUAGCAAGAUGGCAGAGGCUGACAGAUUCCUUCGACUGCAACAGGCAGCAGAAUUCUACUUGAUGCAGGUUGUUGAAAUUCAUACCUUUGUGGGCAUUGUCAGUUUCAACAGCAAAGGAGAGAUCAGAGCCCCGCUACACCAGAUUAACAAUGCCGAUGACCGCAAGCUGCUGGUUUCAUAUCUGCCUGCCACUGUGUCAGCUGAAGCAGAAACCAGCUUCUGCUCAGGGCUUAAAAGGGGAUUUGAGGUGGCUGAGAAACUGAAUGGGAAAGCCGAUGGCUCUGUGAUGAUAUUAGUGACCAGUGGAAAGGACGAGCAUAUCAGCAAUUGCUUACUCACUGUGCUCAGCAGUGGUUCAACCAUUCACACCAUUGCCCUGGGCUCAUCUGCGGAUGAAAACCUGGAGGAAUUAUCACGUCUCACAGGAGGUUUAAAGUUCUUUGUUCCAGAUAAAUCAAACUCCAACAGCAUGAUUGAUGCUUUUGGUAGAAUCUCUUCUGGAAAUGGAGAUAUUUUGCAACAACGUUUUCAGCUUGAAAGUGUGGGUGAGAAUGUCGAACCUCACCAGCACCUGGAAAACGCCGUGACUGUGGACAACGGUGUGGGCAGUGACACUACCUUUCUGGUCACAUGGCAGACCAGGGGUCCCCCUGAGAUUGUGCUGUUUAAUCCCAAUGGAAGAAAAUACCACACACAUAACUUCAUCAUCAAUGAAGCCUUGAGGACUGCUCGCCUCUGCAUUCCAGGAACUGCUAAGCCUGGGCUCUGGACUUACACGCUGAACAAUACCCACCAUUCUCUUCAAGUCUUUAAAGUGACAGUGACCUCUCGUGCCUCCCGCCCAGCCCAGCCUCCUGCUACUGUGGAGGCCUUUGUAGAAACAGACAGCACAUCUUUUCCCCAUCCCAUGAUGGUUUAUGCAAAUGUGAGAAAGGGGCUUUAUCCCAUUCUCAAUGCUACAGUAACUGCUACUGUCGAGCCAGAGGAUGAAGAUCCUGUUACGCUGAAACUUUUUGAUGAUGGAGCAGGUGCUGAUGCUAUAAAAAAUGAUGGAAUUUACUCGAGGUAUUUUUUCUCCUUUGCCGUAAAUGGUAGAUAUAGCUUGAAAGUACAUGUCAAUCACUCUCCCAGCGUAAGCGCCCUGGGCCACUCUAUUCCAGGGAGUCAUGCUAUGUACAUACCAGGUUAUAUAGCAAAUGGUAACAUCCAGAUGAAUGCCCGAAGAAGAUCCACGGGCAGGAGUGAGGAGCUGCGAAAGUGGGGCUUUAGCCGAGUAAGCUCAGGGGGCUCCUUCUCCGUACUGGGAGUUCCAGCUGGCCCCCAUCCCGAUGUGUUUCCACCAUGCAAAAUCAUUGACCUGGAGGCUGUAGCAGUGGAAGAGGAGGUGACUUUAUCUUGGACAGCACCCGGAGAAGACUUUGAUCAUGGCCAGGCCAACAGCUAUGAAAUAAGAAUGAGUAAAACUCUACAGAAUAUUCAAGAUGAUUUUAACAAUGCCAUUUUAGUGAAUACAUCAAAGCUAAGUCCUCAACAAGCUGGCACCAAGGAGAUAUUUACAUUUUUACCUAAGCUUUUCAUAAAUGAACCUGAACAUCCACUUGACGGAGAGACACAAGGAAGCCACAGAGUUUAUGUGGCAAUACGAACCACAGAUAAGAAUUCCUUGGAAUCUGCAGUAUCUAACAUUGCCCAGGUGUCACUGUUUGUUCCCCACAAUUCUGCUCCAGUACUUGCCAGAGAUCGUCUUAUCUUGAAAGGAACUUUAACGGCAAUGGUUUUCAUAGGAAUCAUUUGUGUCACUAUAGUUGUAACACACUGUAUUUUAAAUAAGAAGAAAAAAGCAGAUAGAAAUGAGAAUGGAGCAAAAUUACUAUGAACAAAUGCAGAGGUCCUUCCUUCUUAGAUAUAAUACCCAUGCCCUUUGCACUUCACAAAAACAUACCAAUAAAAACAAAUUAACAUCAAA